GAUCUGAAUGAGUUUUCAUCUCUAUGAUUCUGCAACGUAUCUUGACUCAGUCGCGAAUCUCGCGUACUUCCCACUUCUCAUCCUUUUUCAUUAAGAAAAACACCUUUUCCUUCAUGCCACCAUCUCAACGUCAAAAACUUAUUGUAACACGAACUCUACCUCAAGCAUCUCAAGCACGACUUGAUGCGGGGUUAGAAGGAGUGGACAUUGUUCAAUGGAAGGAAGACCGAGCGAUCCCUCGAGCAGAGUUCCUUAAAAUGGUGAACGGCGCUGAAGGUAUCCUCUGUCUCUUAACUGAUACAGUGGAUGCUGAAGUACUAGACGCAGCAGGACCCCAGCUUAAAGUCGUCUCCACGAUGUCUGUCGGAUAUGACCAUGUCAAUGUGUCGGAGCUUCAGUCUCGCAAGAUCGCCCUUGGUAUCACACCUGGUGUGCUAACAGAGGCGACAGCAGACACGACUGUACUUUUGGUUCUUGCUGCAACACGUCGCCUGCGUGAGGGUGUUGACGCUGUCAUUCAAGGGAAAUGGGGUGCAUGGAGCCCAACCUGGCUGCUAGGUUCCCAGCUUACUGGUAAAACAGUUGGAAUUGUGGGUCUUGGACGUAUUGGGGUUGCUGUAGCCAAACGGUUGAAGGCAUUUGGAGUGCAGAAGUUUAUUUAUCAGGGAACACGACGCAAAGAGGAAGUAGAACAAGAUAUUGGCGGCGAUAUUGAGUUUGUUGAAGCCGAAAGGCUGUUUAAAGAGUCGGAUGUGAUCUGUGUCUGCUGUGCCUUAAACAACGAGACCAAGAAUAUGUUUAGCUAUAAUGCCUUUUCGAUGAUGAAGAACAGUGUAGUAUUUGUGAACACUGCUCGUGGGGGGAUUGUUGAUCAAGAUGCGUUAAUUCAAGCUCUCAAGGAAGGAAAAGUGGGAUCUGUGGGACUAGAUGUUACUGUCCCAGAGCCCUUACCUAAGGACUCGGAGCUGCUGACUUUCCCCAACUGCAUUGUGCUUCCCCAUAUCGGGAGUGGGACACUGGAGACUCGAACAGCCAUGUCUGAGAUUGCCAUAGACAAUGUACUCUGUGGGAUGAGAGGUAAACCUCUUCCUCAUCCUUAUGAUGCCUAGAUCUAAGAUAGAUAGGACGUCUAUUAGUAAAUACGUACAUAUUAAAGUAGAUACAUGGAUCG